AUGUCCACCCCAAUCUGCCUGCGUUGUCUAAGGCGCUCCUUGUUCCCCCCCAUCUCAUCUCGCGCUGCUAAACUCGCUGCCACCCGCGCCGCCUUCUCCACCACGCCUUCCCGCUCCGCCAACCCCCCUAAGAAGCAAUCCACAACAGCCAAGCGCGACACUUCAAAGACGAAGAGCCUUCGUCUGAGCAAGAACAAACGUGUGGUUACAGGCAGACCACCCGCGCCAGGCGAGCGGAAGGCACUGCGAAAGCGUGUUGUAUUGAGUAAUAGUAAUGCGCUGGAAGUAGCUGGACUUGAGGACUUCACUGCUGAGAAUGUCCGGCGAGCGACACUAUUACGGCAGCUGGAGGGCAGAGUCGUAGGAUUUGGAGAUGCUACGGUAAAUGUACUAAGGGCACUUGAGGGAUUCAAGCCGACGCAGGGAUGGGGUCUGUUUCGGCGGCCGGCGAGCUUGGUCAGAGCGGAGACGGUGGAGCUGGGCGAGAUGAUGCAGACUCUGAAAGGGGAGAAGAGUAUGCUGAGCCUCCUACUUGCCGGUGAGCGAGGAAGUGGGAAAAGCGUGUUGCAGCUGCAGGCCAUGGCAGUGGCGUAUCUGCAAGGCUGGAUCAUCGUGCACAUUCCCGAAGCUAAGGACAUCACCAUUGGGCAUACAGCAUUUCAGCCAGUCAAGACUACAGAUGGACAAACAAUCUACAUACAGCCACAAUACACUGCCGAGCUGCUCGACAAGAUUGCACAAGCCAACCGGGGCAUACUCAGCGACCUCCGCCUCAGCAGGCAACAUCAGCUACCAAUACCCAUCCAGUCCAACAUUUCGCUCGCUCGUCUUGUCGAGCUCGGUGCCAAUGAUCCGCAGCUCGCCUGGCCGAUCUGGCAGGCAUUGUGGGCUGAACUUACAGCACCCUCGCAGCCGGACAAGCAAGGCUUACACCGGCCGCCCGUCCUUGUCAGCGCUGACGGCGUCGACCACAUCAUGCGCAAUUCUGCAUACAUCGAUGUUGAGACUAAACCCAUCCACUCCCACGAGCUGGCCAUCGUGCGAGACUUCACCGCGUUGUUAGCCGGCAAAACCGCGCUGCCGAAUGGUGGCAUGGUGUUGGCCGCGAUCUCAAAAUCCACGGCGGCCAACUCGCCGACAUUCGCAGCCGCUCAUGGACAUCCGCGACAAUUUGCGAGAGCAAGCCGAGACCGCCGACCGAAGCUACCGGAGUGGAACCCUUACGAUUCACUGGAUCAGCGAGUAGCAGAAGUGAUGGAGAACGUGGAGGUGAAGAAUGUGGAUGGGCUGAGUAAGCAGGAGGCGAGGAGUGUGAUGGAGUAUUAUGCGCGCAGUGGCAUGAUGAGGGGCACGAUUACGGAGGGCUUGGUAAGUGAGAAGUGGACCUUGGCUGGUGGUGGCCUUGUUGGGGAGCUGGAGAAGGGAGCUGUGAGGGCGAGAUUUUGA